AUGUUCCGUCAGGUGCAGACCUUAGUCCUUUUGUUUGCAGCAACACUUGCUGCAUCAGAUUUGACUGAACUAGAUCAAGCUGCAUCCAAUCAAUUGGUAGCUGUCGUUCAGUUGUUUAGACAUGGACACAGGACCCCUACAAAAUUUUUCAAAAAUGACCAAUAUACUGAUUUAUCAAAAUAUUGGAGCGGCCUUGACUUAGGACAACUAACAAAUCUAGGGAAACAACAGCACUAUGAGCUAGGACAAUUUACUAGGAAACGAUAUGGUAAAUGGCUGUCCGAAAAAUAUGACAAAAAUGAUUUCUACGCCCAGACUACUGAUGUUGAUCGAACACAUAUGUCAGGACAAGUAAAUCUUAAUGGGCUCUAUCCAGCCAAAAGAGAUCAAAUAUGGAGACGGCCAACUGAUUGGCAGCCCAUUCCGCUACAUCCAGGCGAUUCUAAUAUUUGGGAAACAUUCCCCAACUGCGCUGCGUAUACACCAGAAUUCGCCAAAGUUCUGUCAUCCGAUUUGUAUGCAACUAUAGACAAAGAGUACGCAGAUGUGUAUUCAUAUUUAUCGACGUAUUCAGGUGAAAAUAUUACAACACUAUCAAAAGCAUACUCCGUGUUUGACUGCUUUAAAAGUGAAGAUACUGCUGGUCUUCGUCUUCCACAGUGGGCUUCAAAUAUAUAUCCAGAACCAUUAACACAACUUAUGGGAUAUUACUUCCAUUCAAUGUCUUUCACAACUAAACUACAGCGAUAUUAUUCAGGAACUCUUCUAAAUUCCAUCCUAAACUAUUUUGACAACAAAAUAAAUGGUUCAGUAACCCAACAGUUCAAGAUGUACAGCGGACACGAUUCAAAUGUUGCAGCUAUGUUGAGCGCGCUCAACGCUUUUAAUCCACCAUCACCUCCAGAGUUCGCGAGCAGUGUAUAUUUUGAACUAAGAAACAUUUCAGGAUACUAUUUUGUAAAUGCAUGGAGCAAAGAUGGAUCCAACUUCAAAAAGGUUUCUAUAAGAGGAUGUGCUUUGGAUUGUCCUUUAGAAGAAGUUAGAGAAAGAUUGAGUGAGAUAGUCGUAGAUGUUGAUACCAGAACCAAAGAGUGUAAUGCCCAAACCACAUUCGAAACUAUUGAGUCUGAAAAGAUGUACAAGCAGCUUAUGGAAACUGGUGAAAUUGAACGUCUUAGAAACAUAUUUUAAAUUAAAUUUAUUAAAUAUGGUUUAAAA